GUGUAUGGCGGAAGGGGAGAGCCGGGAUUACCACAGCAAGGGUCCCGCAGUCAGAGACUCGCGAGGGGAUUUUGUGGAGAGCUUCACUGGUGCGUCGGAUGACAAUGACUACAGAAUGUUGAUCGUGGGUCACAUACUGCCGUUGACAGCAAAACGCGGUCCCGACAAGCAAGGUUGGACGUUCACUUGGGAUGAGGACUCGCUUGCGCUGCAGCUCAAGGCGGGGCUGCCUAAGGAUAUGGAGGUAAUUUACAUUGGUUGCCUGAAGGUGGAGGUUGACGACAGCGAGCAGGAUGAAGUAGCGGCAACCUUGCUUGAGAAUUUUAAUUGCGUCCCUGCGUUUUUACCUUUGGACGUGCGGACGCGUUUCUACCAUGGUUUCUGCAAGCAGAUGCUAUGGCCCCUAUUCCACUACAUGCUACCCCUUAGCCCCGAGCACGAGGGGCGUUUCAACAGAUCUUUCUGGCAAGCAUAUGUGUCUGUUAACAAAGUGUUCGCUGACAAGGUCAUGGAGGUCAUUAGCCCAGAUGAUGACUAUGUGUGGAUCCACGACUACCAUCUCAUGGUGUUGCCAACGUUUUUGAGGAAGAGGUUCAACAAAGUAAGGCUUGGGUUUUUCCUGCACAGCCCAUUCCCUUCGUCAGAGAUUUACCGAACGCUACCUGUGCGAGACGAGAUCCUUCGGGCUCUCUUGAACGCUGACCUUAUUGGAUUUCACACUUUCGACUAUGCCCGCCAUUUUCUGUCAUGUUGCAGUCGAAUGCUAGGGUUAGAGUAUGAAUCGAAACGGGGUUACAUUGGAUUAGAGUACUACGGUAGAACAGUGGGAAUCAAGAUUCUGCCAGUAGGUAUACACAUGGAGCAGCUGAACGCAGGGUUGGCGCUUGCUGAUACGGAAUGGCGAAUAUCGGAGCUUAGGACACAGUACAAAAACCGAACGGUGUUUCUUGGGGUAGAUGACAUGGAUAUCUUUAAGGGCAUAGGUCUGAAGUUCCUUGCUCUUGAACAGCUACUGCGACAGCACCCGAAAUUGCGGAACAGGGUGGUGCUUGUGCAGAUUGCGAACCCUGCACGAGGCCGGGGAAGAGACAUUAAGGACCUACAGAAUGAGGCUUACACCAUCGCUCAGAGGAUCAACGAUGAGUUUGGUAACGAAGCCGAGGGGUACACCCCGGUUGUAUUACUUCAGAGAAGUGUCCCAUUUUAUGAGCGAAUUGCGUACUACACGAUUGCAGAGUGUUGUGUCGUGACAGCUGUGCGGGAUGGCAUGAACCUCAUUCCGUAUGAGUACAUUGCGUGUCGUGAAGGCAGCCCCGAUUUGGAUGCGGUGGUGGACCAUGGUCCAGGCCCUGCCCCUUUAAAGAAGAGCAUGCUCAUUGUGUCGGAGUUCAUAGGUUGCUCUCCAUCUCUGAGUGGGGCAAUUCGUGUGAAUCCAUGGAAUAUAGAGGCUUUGGCAGAAGCCAUGAACAUGUCCAUCACUCUGCCAGACAUUGAACAGCACAUGCGGCACGAGAAGCAUUUUCGAUAUGUGAAUACACACGACGUGGCGUAUUGGGCACGUAGCUUCAUGACCGAUCUCGAGCGCACAUGUAAAGGCCAUGCUCGACGAAGGUGCUACGGUACUGGUUUUGGAUUGGGCUUUAGAGUUGUCGCUCUCGAUCCAGACUUCCGGAGACUUCGAACGGACCUUAUUGUGUCGGCAUAUAAGAAGAGUAUGAGCCGGGCCAUUCUGUUGGAUUACGAUGGCACCAUGAUACCACAAGCGUCCAUCAACAAUCCUAUGCCCACCCCAGAGGUGUUGGCUAUGUUGAAGACACUUUGCAACGAUCCCAAGAACUUUGUGGUCAUUGUUAGUGGUCGUCCUCGCGAUAUUUUGAAUGAAUGCUUUUCGUCAUGUGAAGAACUCGGUCUUGCAGCUGAGCAUGGCUUCUUCUACAGGUGGCAUCGGGACGAAGAAUGGGUGACUUGCAGGUAUCAAAGGGAGGAUUUUGACGACCAUGAAAACGACCACAUGGAGUGGAAGGAGAUCGUGGAACCAGUGAUGCAGCAGUACACAGAAAGUACCGAUGGAUCUUACAUCGAGCAGAAAGAGAGCGCCAUGGUUUGGCAUCAUCGUGAUGCUGACCCUGAUUUUGGUUCGUGGCAAGCGAAAGAACUUCAGGAUCAUCUGGAGAGCGUGCUUGCCAAUCAACCUGUGACUGUUAAGAGUGGGGCACACAUUGUGGAAGUGAAGCCUCAGGGCGUGAGUAAAGGGGUGGUUGUGGAAGAAUUACUGGCGAUGAUGGCUCUUAAAAGCGCUGCUCCGGACUUUGUUCUCUGUGUUGGUGAUGAUCGCUCUGAUGAAGACAUGUUUGAGAGCAUUGCUACGGCAACAGCCCGGUCAGGACUUGCUGAGGUGUUUGCGUGCACUGUUGGUCAAAAGCCAAGCAAGGCAAAGUAUUAUCUAGAUGAUAUUGCCGAGGUUAUCAAGUUGUUGCAAGGACUCGCUGCUGCCUCGGAUCCUGGUGCCACUCCUUCCGGCUUACCCAGUGCCACUUCUUCGCAAGUUUCCUUAGAGACGUCUUUGCACAUCUAGGCAAUGCAGGAAUGGCUCCUACUUCUGUCUGAGAAACAAUAGAUUGAUUGCAAUUUUUGUUUAGAUACGUGCUCAUCUGUAUAUUUAAAGGCUGCAGCUGUCCGCAUCCUUCCAGUUAUGUCAAUUGCUGGUGUGCAAAGGUCAUAUUUAUCAUGGAAAAGUUCUGACACUUCCCUGUAUGCUAAUACGAUAUGUGUGACCCAGUUUUAUAUAGCCGCCUCAUUGUAGUGGUCUCAACAUGAGAAAGGAAUGUUUCUGCAACCUGCAAGUCUUAUUUUUUUCCUGCAUAUUAGUGUAGAGGCAACUGUGAUGCUGUUGCAUAUUUAGCGUUCAGUAUACUCUUUUAGCAUACUUAUUCAGUGUGUUAUGACCGACUACAAGGCCUCAAUGGUGGUAUACUAUUUUUAUCGAAUCAAUUUUUAAUGGUCUUCUUUCUUGGUACUGGUAUCUGCUACAACCUUAUUUUACAAUUCUAAAAUUACAAGCUGCUUCUGUUACAAUUUAGAAACCUUGUAAAUUAGUGUUGUACAGUCAGAUUAGCUUAGUGAUGAGCACGUAGGGACCUAUUAUUCCGAUAUUCGUGAAAUAUCUGUAAUCUGUUUACACUAAUUACAUGCUUUUGAUGUCUCA